AUGGAGGCACAGACACAUGCUCUUGGUCCAUAUGCAGAAAUAGGAGCACUUGCAGCACCAGCUGUAGAGCCAGAGCCAGCAUGGGAAGAGCCCCCUCCAGAGAGAGCACUGGAGCUGGAGGGAGCUCCAGCCAAGGACCAGCCCAGCCAGGAGCUGCCUGAAAUCAUGGCACCUAUUGUAGCCACUGGCCUUCACCCUGGAGCUGAAAGUGUGGCUGGAGAGAGAAGUGGGAGGGAGGGGGUGACAAGCACAGCCCCAGCCAGCUGCUCCCAUGCUGCCCCUAGUCCUGGGCAUGGUGGAAAACAUAGAGGCAGAGACCAGGGCAUUCAGACUGGACUCCUCUAUCUUGCUGGAGAGAGGCUUCUCUCAUUCACUAGAACCACAGCCCUGCUGCUGCAGGGUCUGUUUAUUGUGCUAAUGCUGGUGGGGUCUAUCUGUGUGCAGGAGGUGUGCAAGAGCAUUAAAAGAAGGCUGGGAAGAAGAGUUCCAGCAGCUUCUACUGCUCUCAGAUGCAAUCUUCUCCUCCAGGCAUGGAUGUGUGUCUGCAACUGGGUAUCCAGGCUGUUUGCCCCUAAUGUGCUGCCCCAAAUGGGCUCUUAA